AUGGCUGCUGCUUCGCUUUCUGCAAAUCAAGGCUUACUCGGAACUUCCUUCUACGGAGGUUGGGGAAACUCAAUCUCCGGCGAGGACUACCACACCAUGCUCGCCAAAGCUUCAGCGCCACCGCAACAAGCUCGAGUCUCAAGAAAACCCAUCAGAGUACAACCGAUGAUGAAGAAUGUCAACGAAGGCAAAGGCUUGUUCGCUCCACUCGUCGUUGUCACUCGUAACAUAGUAGGCAAGAAGAGGUUUAAUCAGCUUAGAGGCAAAGCCAUUGCUUUACACUCUCAGGUGAUUACAGAGUUCUGUAAAUCCAUAGGAGCUGAUGCGAAACAGAGACAAGGAUUGAUUAGGCUUGCUAAGAAGAAUGGAGAGAGACUUGGCUUCCUCGCUUAA